AGUACAUGAAAUCCUCAUAGAGGUGUUUACCAUGCUGUCCUUAAAAAGCUGCCACAUCAAGAGUUAGGACACACAAACAAACCAAAAGCAGAAGAAACGUCACAGCACACAUUCUAAAUUGGGACGAAGAGGUGAAGAGAAAAGAUAAAACAGAGGAAUUGCUCUGUUUUCUUUGUGUGGUUUCUCUGGGUGUGUGAUAUUCAUCAAAAGCUCUCACCUUUAGUGUUGUGCAACAAGUUUUGGUUGAGAUGGCUGACAAGGAAGAAGCCAUGCAUGCUGUUUUGAAGGAAGCUGUGGAUUUGGAAAACGUCCCACUUGAAGAGGUUUUUCAGACUCUGAGGUGUGAUUCAAAUGGACUCACAACAAAAUCUGCUGAGGAGAGGUUGGCCAUUUUUGGCCACAACAAACUUGAGGAGAAACAGGAGAGCAAGGUUUUGAAGUUUUUGGGAUUUAUGUGGAAUCCUCUUUCAUGGGUCAUGGAAGCUGCAGCAAUCAUGGCCAUUGCUUUGGCCAAUGGAGGAGGCAAACCUCCUGAUUGGCAAGACUUCGUUGGGAUUAUCACACUCCUUAUUAUCAAUUCAACAAUAAGUUUCAUCGAGGAGAACAAUGCUGGUAAUGCUGCAGCAGCUUUGAUGGCUCGUCUGGCACCUAAAGCAAAGGUCCUUCGGGAUGGGAAAUGGAUUGAGGAGGAUGCUAGUGUUCUUGUUCCAGGGGAUAUAGUUAGUGUUAAGCUAGGUGAUAUUAUCCCUGCGGAUGCUCGUUUACUUGAAGGUGAUCCGUUGAAGAUUGAUCAGUCUGCACUUACUGGUGAAUCUCUUCCUGUCACAAAAGGCCCUGGUGAUAGUGUUUAUUCAGGUUCCACAUGCAAGCAGGGAGAGAUAAAUGCAGUUGUUAUAGCCACGGGAGUUCAUACCUUCUUUGGCAAAGCUGCUCACCUUGUGGACUCCACAAAUCAAGUUGGUCAUUUUCAGAAGGUUCUGACUGCUAUUGGGAACUUCUGCAUAUGUUCCAUUGCUGUGGGAAUGAUAAUAGAGAUCAUUGUCAUGUACCCAAUUCAACACCGACAAUAUCGACCUGGGAUUGACAAUCUGCUUGUGCUUCUCAUCGGAGGAAUUCCUAUAGCCAUGCCUACUGUUUUGUCAGUGACAAUGGCUAUUGGAUCCCAUCGCUUAGCUCAACAGGGUGCUAUUACUAAAAGAAUGACAGCCAUAGAAGAGAUGGCAGGAAUGGAUGUAUUAUGUAGUGACAAAACUGGAACUUUGACUUUGAAUAAACUGUCAGUUGACAAGAAUCUUAUUGAGAUUUUUGCUAAAGGAGUUGAUGUAGAUACAGUAGUUCUCAUGGCUGCUCGGGCUGCAAGAUUGGAAAACCAAGAUGCUAUAGAUGCUGCUGUUGUAGGGAUGUUAGGUGAUCCAAAAGAGGCAAGGGCUGGUAUUCAAGAGGUUCACUUCCUUCCCUUCAAUCCAACUGACAAAAGGACUGCCAUGACUUAUGUAGACAGUGAAGGUAAAAUGCAUCGCGUCAGCAAAGGCGCACCAGAGCAGAUUUUGAAUCUUUCACACAAUAAGUCAGAGAUAGAACGCAGAGUUCAUUCUGUCAUUGAUAAGUUUGCAGAGCGUGGCUUACGGUCUCUUGCAGUGGCUUACCAGGAAGUUCCUGAUGGGGUAAAAGAAAGCCAAGGAGGGCCUUGGCAAUUUAUUGGACUCUUGCCUCUGUUUGACCCCCCUAGACAUGAUAGUGCCGAGACAAUAAGAAGGGCAUUAAACCUUGGAGUAAAUGUUAAAAUGAUAACAGGUGAUCAACUAGCAAUAGGAAAAGAAACAGGUCGCCGUCUGGGAAUGGGAACCAACAUGUACCCUUCAUCGGCUUUAUUGGGCCAAAACAAGGAUGAAUCAAUUGCUACCUUGCCAGUUGAUGAUUUGAUUGAAAAAGCAGAUGGAUUUGCUGGUGUUUUUCCUGGUAUAAUAACACCAUUGUUUUCUGAUGGUUUACUUUUAUAUGAUAUCAUUUUCUUUUAUUUCUUUGACUUAACGAGUUCAUCUAAUACAGAACACAAAUAUGAGAUUGUGAAACGUUUACAAGCUAGAAAACACAUAUGUGGGAUGACUGGUGAUGGGGUUAAUGAUGCUCCUGCUCUUAAAAAGGCAGACAUUGGCAUAGCUGUUGCUGAUGCUACUGAUGCAGCUCGCAGUGCUUCUGACAUUGUUCUAACUGAACCUGGUCUCAGUGUUAUCAUCAGUGCGGUAUUGACUAGUCGAGCCAUAUUCCAAAGGAUGAAGAAUUACACGAUCUACGCAGUUUCCAUCACAAUUCGUAUUGUGCUUGGUUUCAUGUUACUGGCCCUCAUAUGGCAAUUUGAUUUUCCACCAUUCAUGGUGCUGAUUAUUGCUAUUCUUAAUGAUGGUACCAUUAUGACAAUAUCAAAGGACAGGGUAAAACCAUCUCCAUAUCCAGAUAGCUGGAAGUUGGCAGAGAUCUUUACCACUGGAAUAAUUCUUGGUGGUUAUUUGGCUAUGAUGACAGUUAUUUUCUUUUGGGCAGCAUAUAAAACAGAUUUUUUCCCUCAAACUUUUGGAGUUGCAAGCCUUCAGAAAAAGGACAGGGAUGACUAUAGAAAGCUUGCCUCUGCAAUAUACCUGCAAGUUAGCACAAUUAGUCAGGCUCUCAUAUUCGUUACACGAGCAAGAAGUUGGUCUUACGUUGAACGUCCUGGUUUGUUACUAGUAGCAGCUUUUGUUGUCGCCCAGCUAAUAGCUACAUUGAUCGCAGUUUAUGCAAAUUGGAGUUUUGCUGCGAUUGAAGGGAUUGGAUGGGGUUGGGCCGGUGUUGUUUGGCUUUACAACCUUGUCUUUUACAUGCCACUUGACUUUAUCAAGUUCAUAAUUCGGUAUGCCUUGAGUGGAAGGGCUUGGGAUCUUGUUAUUGAACAAAGGAUUGCUUUUACAAGGAAAAAGAAUUUUGGAAGAGAGGAACGUGAACUUAAAUGGGCACAUGCACAGAGAACACUCCAUGGCCUUCAUCCACCAGAGACUAAGAUGUUUGGUGAACGAACAACUUACACAGAACUCAAUCAUAUGGCUGAAGAAGCUAAAAGACGAGCAGAGAUUGCCAGACUGAGAGAACUGCAUACAUUGAAGGGCCAUGUUGAGUCUGUGGUUAGACUGAAAGGCCUCGACAUUGAUACAAUACAGCAAUCAUACACUGUCUAGAAUCAUACACAGAACUCAUUUAUGUAUAAUGGAGUUAGCAGUGUGAACAUAGAGCAGCAACAAAUACAUGCUUUAAACCUGUAGAACACUUUGUCUACACUCUCUGUAUGUUUGAUCUAACAGUUUUGGUGAACUGUGUUCUUCUGUGUCUACUUUUGGUAGACAUGAAACUAUUAAUAGCAUUUUCAGAGUUUUGUUUGUGCUUAC